GCGACACGUGCAAGCCCUACUGCCGCGGUAGGUGUGAAGGCUGCAGGUGCAAGCAGCCCAGCAGCAGCAGCAGCCGCAGCAGCAGCUCCUUUCACCAUGAAGGGUGUUGUGGGAGAGAUGGGAGGAGAGGUGGAGGAAUGUGGUGAGCUGGAAUGGGGAGGCAUGGCAUGA